GCGGUGCAUUGGGAAGGGGCCGGUCCAGCCCCCCGAGCGAGCCGAGGCUUCGCCGUGCGCGGGGCCGGCAGGAUCCCACCGCCGCCGGGCUGCUCGGGUCUGCGGGAGCACCCGGGGACCGGAGGACACACAUCCCCGGCGGGGCCGUAGCAGAGGGACCGGACCAGGGGGUGCCCCCCCCGCAAGGGACACCGCAGAGGCUCGGGGGCUCCGGGGACACAGCCCUGCCCGGCGGGGGCGUCCAACUGCGGCACAGCCCAUGGCUGAGGAUGGCAGGGCCAGUGGUCUUGCCGGGGAGGGCAUGAGCCUCCCCACGGGUGCCGCGGAGUUGGAGCUGGCUCUGCCUCCUGGGCCUUGCCGCUUCUUCCUUUGCAGCCAGCUUGGCCCUGUCUGAGCUGCAUCCCGGGGCACCAGCACUCAGCCUGCGCCUAUUGCAGGGGUCCAGCUGCCUGGAGGAUGUCGAGGCGCUAGUGACAGGGGCCGACGCCAUGGCCGCGUUCAAAGCCGGGAAUGUGGAGGAGCUGUAUGAACUGCUAGACACUCUGGGCAGCGGGCACUUUGGCGUAGUGAAGCGGUGCCGGGAGCGUGGGACAGGGACCUUCUACGCCGCUAAGUUUGUGAAGACGCGGAAGUGCCGGGGCAGCCUCCGGGGGCUGGGCCGUGAGCAGGUGGAGCGUGAGGUCGGCAUCCUGCAGCAGCUCGAGCACCCCAACAUCAUGCGCCUGUACGACCUCUUCGCCAGCAAGGCCGAGAUGGUGCUGGUGCUGGAGCUGAUCUGCGGCGGGGAGCUCUUUGACUUCAUCGCUGCCAAGGAGAUGCUGACAGAGGCCGAGGCCAUCGAGUUCCUGGAGCAGAUCCUGCGUGGAGUCGCCUACAUGCACUCCCGGCACAUCGCCCACUUUGACCUCAAGCCGGAGAACGUCAUGCUGCUGGAGAAGGAUGUGCCCAACCCAAAGAUCAAGAUCAUUGACUUUGGUCUGGCGCAGAAGUUGGAGGAUGGCACGACCUUCAAGAGCCUCUGCGGCACCCCGCAGUACAUUGCUCCAGAAGUGAUCAACUAUGAACCGCUGAGCUCGGCUACGGAUAUGUGGAGCAUCGGGGUCAUCACCUACAUCCUGCUGAGCGGCAUGUCGCCCUUCCAGGGCGAGACGGAUGCCGAGACCCUAACUAAUGUGGUGGCCGGCAGCUACGAAUUCGAGAACAAAUACUUCAGCCAGACCAGUGAGAUGGCCAAGGACUUCAUUGGCCAGCUGCUGGUCAAGGAGCCGGGGGACCGAAUGACCGCGGCUGAGAGCCUCGUCCACCCCUGGAUCAAGCCCCUGAGCCGGAAGCAGGUUGCGAACCGCAGUCGGUCCUCCAUCAACAUGAAGAACUUCCGCAAGUUCAACGCCCGCAGGAAGUGGAAGCUCUCCUACAACAUGGUGUCUGCCUGCAACCGCCUCUGCCGCAUGAAGCUCCUGUGCAACCAGAGCAAGGCUGACGAGCCCCUGCGCAGCUGCGAGAGUGACCAGGAGGACGAGCCCACCCGCCCGGUGACCUUGCUGCGCCGGCGGAGAAGCAGCUGCUCUUGAUGGCCCUGCCCGUGGCCCCGGCGGCUCCCGGGACCCCUGGCAUCCUCAGGGGGCAGCACCAGCCUGGAGGGAGGGCACCUGCACUUGCCCCCAAUGGCUGGGAUCCAUUCGGCAGGAAGGGGCAGGGACUUUGGGUCUGGGGGCCUGGUCCAGGCUCCCCUCCAUCCUAAAGGGCAGGGGGGUGCUGAGGGCAUCUCCUGCUUCCCCAGGGCAGA